GCUCAUCUAUGUCUCCUUCUGCAGUGAUGGCUGCCCGUUUUCCUCUCCUUCUUCGUCUCCCUGAAAAGAAUUUGCGCAUUGUUCUAGAACAAAUGGGAUUCCUUGAUUUGCUUGCCUUCUCUUUGUGCUCCAAAAUCACGAAGGCUCAUACGACGCAGCUUAAGCGUAAAAUCGAUAACCUCAAACUUCAUGCUUCUAUUGUAGUUAAUAUUAGUUUCCGAUUAACAAAUCAAGAAGAAAUAAGAUUAGAUGUUAAAACAGACAGAUUCGAUAGAUGGAACUUGAACUUUUGUGAAAUUGCCAAUGUGACUUAUACAGUAGGCUACCAACAACAAUUCUGCUGGAAGAAAAAAGGAUUCGGUCUUCGAGAUUGGAUUAAUCACAUCAUGGAAACGUUCAAUUAUCCGGUCAUUGAUAGGCUUCGUUUACAUGGAUACAUGUUCCCUCUGGCUAAUUCAAGACAGAUAAGCAAAGUUUUAAAUGGUUUGAAAGUGAAAAACAUGGAUUUCUGGAACUACACAGAAGAUGGAGUAUUUAACAUCAGAAGCAACUUAGAGAUUGUUGCCUUAACUCUCGCAUUCCCCGACUCAGAGCAUUUCUCUGAAUUGUCUACUCGAAGGAUUCUUUCGGAAAACCAGACAAACAUGAUUCAUCAUUCGAUGCCAUUUAUGGCAGAAAUGGGAGUCGACCGGGUUUUGUAUUCAUGUAUUACUGUGAACGACCUCUUAGUGAACAACUGCACACAACUCACCAUAUCAAGGUCUAUAUUAACUUCCAAGGACAUGAACAUUUUUCUUAAGCACUGGAUCAAUGGAUCCAUCAAGACACUAGAAUUCUUGGAACUGCAGACGUAUGUCCAAACCCAGUGGAAUAUGAAGAUCUUGUUGAAAGACAUUGAUCAUAAAAUCCCGUGUAGGGUGGAGAAUGGAGUGCCACGAGGAGCUAAAAUGUUUAGAAUUCCACGGAUCGAUUCGUCAAACCUUUUCAUGACUUAUAUCGUACAUGAUGACCGUAAAUAUGUUUUGAAAAUUGAUGCUCGUUGCGGUUGAAAUGAUAAUCUAUUGGCAUAACUAUUUUUUAAAUUAUGAAUAAGCAUUUGCUGUUUUCUCCAACUUGUUUGAAUCAAUAAAGAUUUAAUUUAUG